GUUGCGUUGUCACGACGGCAUCCUUGUAUAAAUUUACUCUCGCUCGAAGUUGGCACUAUUGUCGCCGUAUUCCCCUUUUACGGAGAUUACAUUGGAUAAGAUUUUUUCUGGAUGUUAUAAAUCCUGUACUAAACAAAUAGUCAGGAAAGAUGAUUGUUGACAUAUGACAUAAAAGGAAACUGAUUUCUUAAGCUUUAUGUUAUAAUAGGCAUUGUAUUUGUGCACAUUUUCUUUUGAUCAGCAUGAGCGAAAUCGACUCUGAAACAUACAAGUCUGUCACCACAAGACCAAGUGGACCAAGACCACGACCACCUUUGUCCACAAUGAAUAAACGCAACAGAAAAUCUCCUGAAAAACAUGUGCAAUCGAAAUCAAAGGUAGAUUAUAAGGAGACUGAUGCCUAUAAAAAGGCUAGGAAAAAUAGGAGUGAUGAUGAUGAAACUUUUGAUUCAGAAAGUAAUAGUUCAAACAACAGAAGCUCAAAUUCUAGUAAUUCUGAGUUGAAAAGUAGAAUUAAGAUAAAUCAAAAGAAUAGCACUGCAGAUCAAGGAGCAAAGAAAAGGAAAAAUGGGAGCCCUGCUGAAAGCUUUGAAAAUCAUAAGUCAGAAUGGAAGAAAUAUAUCAACCAUACAGUGGUCCGGUGGUGUGUUAAGUUAACUAUUUCAAUAUUUAUAUUAAUGUGUGUUUUUGGCGGUUGGUACAUAAUUGUAUUCAAUAACCCUUUUUCUGAGAAGAGUAUUACACAAUUUGAGGAAGAUAUUGACCAUAUAAAAAAGAAAUUUCCAAUGCAAAUGCCUGAUAUUUGGAAUGAUUUUUCUGCCGGAGUCAAGACAAUUAUUGAAGAAACCAGUAAACGACCUGCAGUAUUUGUUUUGCUUGCAAAUAAUACCAACACCUUAGAUUGCUUGUCAACAUCAAUUGGCAAUGUAAUUAGCAGAAGCCUUGGUGGAAAGGAGUGCUUAAUUCUAGGCCCAAAGAACUUCAUAAGUAGUUCCGGUGACAUGCUAGAGUGGCUGAGACCUAAAAUUGAACAAAAAAAAGUAGUGGUUGUAAAUGAUAUACUGAAGAUUAGCUCUGAUGCAAUAGGAUCAUUCCAUUGGUUAUGUGAUGAUACAAAUCCACUGGUUUCAAGAGCAGUCUAUUUAAUUACUAUGACUAUAAAUGUGCUUCACAUGCACCAUGAUAAUCUUACAAAAUUAGUCGAAGAACAUAUUUAUAAUACUUUCUCUAAAGCAAUCCACUUUGAUAUCUUACAUGCUGCAGUAUCACGGAUUACUAGUGGUGCAAUUCUAUCUAUAAUAUCAGAACCUAAUUUAAUUGAAGGAGCAGAAUGUCCAUGAUAAUAAUUUGGCUAAUAAUCUUGCUAUACAAGUCAAUGUAUUGUGGUAAACAACGGAACAAAUUUUAUACAAUGUUUAAUGAUGAGCUAGUGAUAUGUAUGUAAUUAAUAAGUUCGAUAACAUUCUAUGAAAUAUGAGAUUUAAAAAGAUUUCUUUAUGGUGUGGUAUAGUAAGGAAUACAUUUCUGAUUUAAUAUUAUUCUAACAAUUAAGUGCAUUGCAGCUGUUUGCAUAAUCAUAUUUGUAUAAAUAGUUUAAAAAAGUAUUAAUUUUAUAUUAUUAAUGUAAAAUAUUUAAUAUUCACAUUACUUGAAGUAUGAGAAAUUAAUCGGAUGUAUGAUACGUGCCUGAAGUACAAUCCAAAAUUUACGGGCAGUACUGCAAGCAGAUUUUCUCUUUCACUUGCAUACAGGUAAGCAGGGGCAUGACGAUACUCAUAAUACUAGUAUUGAAUUUCAGAAUGUAUCCGUAAUGUUAGUAAUUAUUUUAUUUUUCAGUAUAAUUAUAUUUUGUUUAGUGUCCCGCAGUUUUAAACAAAUAAAUCAUAUAAAAUUUUGGUUGCUAAUAUUUAUAAGGGAAAAAAUGAAUUGUGAUAUACUUAAUAAGAUUUAAAGCUAACAUUUUAUUAAACCACAGCACGCAGGAUAGUGUGCAUAAUUAGAAAAAAUUUGAAUUGAAAACAAUUUUUAAAUUAAAGUAAUAUCUAAUGAUAAAUCAAAGCGACAGGUCACUAUUUUUUGAUUGUCUAAUAAAAUUAAACCAAGUGGUAGCGUU